AUGGUGGACUUUGACGGUCCCGACGACCCUCUUUUCCCACACAACUGGCCAUUGUGGAAAAAAAUCAUCAUCUGUGGUGCCGUCGGUCUUUCGGCAUUAUCGGUUUCCAUGGGUUCCGCCAUGUUUUCCGAAAGUGCUGAGCAACUUAUGAUGGAGUACAAAAUCGGUUGGGUUGUGGCCACUUUGGGCACUUCGUUGUUCGUUUUUGGUUUUGCAUCGGGUCCUGUGAUUUGGGGCCCUCUUUCCGAGCUUUACGGCCGUAAAACAGUGCUUAUCCCCUCGUGUUUCGGCUACAUCUGUUUCUGUUUUAUGGUGGGUGCCGCUAAGGAUAUUCAAACUAUUAUGAUUUGCCGGUUUUUCGCUGGUUUUGUUGGUGCUGCUCCGCUUGUUGCUGCUCCUGCUGCUAUGGCUGAUAUGUUUAGUGCUACAACCAGAGGUAAUGCCAUGACUAACUUCGCCAUGGUGUUAUUCGGUGGUCCCAUGCUUGCGCCCAUUUGUGGUGGUUUCACGGUGAAGAACUCUCACUUGCGCUGGAGAUUCACCUCCUAUUUUGCAGGUAUGGUUGGUGUUCUUGCUCUUAUUGCUAUAGUGUUCUUUAUGGACGAGACCCACCACGGGUUGAUUUUGUCUCGUAAGGCCGAAAUCUUGAGAAGAAGAACUGGAAACUGGGGUAUCCACGCUGCCCAUGACCAGGUCAGUUUGUCCAUCAAAGAAAUUGUGGAGAAGAACAUUUCCAGACCUAUUGUCAUGUUGUUCACCGAGCCAAUCUUGUUCUUAAUUACGCUUUACAAUGCGUUUAUCUACGGCUUGUUGUACUUAUUUUUGACCGCUAUUCCUUUGAUUUUCGUGGGCGGAUACCACUUCUCUUCUGGCGUGGGAGAAUUACCAUAUUUGGCUAUGCUUAUUGGAGAAGUUAUUGGUGGUAUCCUUAGUAUUUUCAUGGAAAGAAGAUAUGUCCGCGCCGUGGUGGCUAACAAUGGUAAACCAGUUCCAGAAGAAAGAUUGCCUCCUAUGAUUGUUGGUUCCAUUCUUUUUGCCAUUGGUAUUUUCUGGUUAGGUUGGACCGGAAACUAUGCUAGCAAGGUUCAUUGGAUCGUUCCUACCAUUGGCACUGCACCUAUUGGCAUGGGCUUAAUUCUUAUUUUCUUGCCAUGUUUGAACUACAUCAUUGAUUGUUACUUGUUUUUCGCUGCCUCUGCUUUGGCUGGUAACACCUUCUUGAGAUCGGCAUUCGGUGCGGUAUUCCCUCUUUUUGCCAAGCAGAUGUUCACUAACAUGAAAAUCAAAUGGGCCACAACUUUGUUGGGCUUAAUUUCUGUCGUAUUGAUUCCUGUGCCUGUUCUUUUUUACAAGUUCGGCAAGCGAUUGAGACUGAAGUCGAAGUUCGCCUUCGACUUGGACUAA